AUGAAUACUUUUAGAAUUGUCUUGCUUGGAAAUGAAAGUGUUGGAAAAUCAGCACUUACUAUUCGAUUGCUUAAGAAUUAUUUUGAAGAAAAGUAUGAACCAACAAUUGAAGAUAUUUACCAGAAAAAGGUAAUAAUAGAUAAUCGAUCAUACUGUUUAGAUAUCCUGGACACAGCUGGUAAAGAAGAGUAUACGGCUAUGACGAAUCUUUAUAUACGAGCAGGAGAAGGAUUUAUCCUGGUAUUUGAUGUUGAUUCAACAAAAAGUUUUGAAGAUAUCCGUAAACAUCGUGAAAAAAUGAAGAAAUUAUUAGGAGAAAAUCAAAUGCCUAUGGUAUUAGUUGGGAACAAGUGCGAUCUUCCAAAACCUUGGGCUGUCAAUGUGACCCAAGCUAUAGAAGAAGCAAAAGAGUAUGGUAUACCUUUCAUUCAGACAUCAGCCAAAACUGGAAUGGGAGUCGAUGACGUAUUUAAAACUAUGGUUCGAGAAAUCCGGAAGGAUAGGGAAAUUCAACACGAGGCAGUGCUGCAUUCCCUACGUAAGCGAUAA